AUGUUUUGUCAGAUUUGUGGCGUAGAGGCACCAGAUCGGUCUAACUUCUGCUGGAAAUGCGGGGCGUGUGUUAAAAACGAGAAAGACGGAGAAGAUAAAAAGAAAAUCGUAAGUUUCACGGAAUUCAGAAAGAGGAAAGAAGUGGAGCGAUCAUCUAGAUUCCAACCGAAAAAGAAGUUGAAGUCAGGAAGCAGUUCGACCUCCAAGACGAAGGGAAAAGAGGAUGCACAAGUGAGCAUCAACGUCAACGAUUACAUAAACAAUAAUUUAUUUGAAAUUGGCGAGAGUCUUGAAGCAGAAUCUUCUGACAACAACCAUUGCGGUGAAGACGACAGUGAUCGAAUAAUCGAAGAUGCCGUCACCAAAGAACAGCAUGCUGAUAGGUGCGUGGACAUCUGGAUUGGUGAGGUACAAGUAGAAGACAGUGAAAACGAAAGUGAAAUAGACACUGAUCUUCCUGACCCUGGACUUUAUGUGGAACUGUCAGAUACGUCUAGCUUGAAAAAUGUUGCCCAGCAGUUAGCAGAUAUACAUGUUAAGAAGGAACAACCCAGAAAAGUAAAUGUUCGCAGAAAACACUUGUGGAUUGAUUUCAAGGAAGCCAAAAAGAAAUGGAACCUUACUGCAAAUACACCUAUUCGAGUUGUUUUUCUGGGUGAACCAGCAGUAGAUGAUGGAGGUCCCAAAAGAGAAUUCUUUUCAGAACUGUUGGAAUAUAUUGAAGUAAAGUUGUUUGCAGAUGGAAAGCCAAUAAAUUCAAUAAUUGGGCUUCAAAAUGAAGAUUUUAAGCUGGCAGGAGAAGUCAUGGUGAUGUCAAUACUACAAGGUGGUCCUGCACCAGCAUUCUUACAUCGAGCUAUAUUUAAUGUCAUGACAAACCAGCAAUUAUCCAUUGAAGAUAUUCCAGAGUCAAUUUACAAAAGAGCAGCAAACCAGAUCAUGGAAGCAAAGUGUGAUGAAGAGCUACACAAUGUCUUGGUAUCAGACGAUGUACUCACAGUCUUAGGAAACAUUGGUUACACUGGUGUUCCCCAUCGAGAAACUCUCAAGUCUAUUACAGGCAUCCUUCAAUCCAUUUGUAUCAAAAGUCAAUUCAUUAGUACUAUGCCUGAACUGAUGCAACUUGAGCAAGGCUUGUCCAGUUGUGGUAUUUUGGAAAGUGUCAAGAAGUGUCCUGAGCUAUGGAAAUUUGCCUUUGUUCGUGGUAGUUCUAAUCUGAAGUCACCAGAUGAAUUCCUUGAUGAACUGGAAGUAAAAUACAGCCAGUCGCAACUGCAGAAAGAUAAGGAAAUUGAUGUCUUUAAGUACUUUUGCGAGUUCAUUCAGUCACUAGAGUUUGAUGAAGAAAUAUCUAUAGCGGGUUUACUAAAGUGGAUGUCAGGAACUAAGACCACUCCAGUUUUGGGAUUUUCAAAGAAGAAGACUUUAGUAUUUGUUCAUGGUUGUAAAGAAGGGUGCCGUUGCCGUCCAACCGUGUCAACUUGCGACCUGUUACUUAUGGUACCGGUUCACAUUACCAACGAAGAAGACAUGAAAAUUAUGAUGACCUCUGCGCUCAAAGAAUCGUGUGGCUUUGGUUUCAUAUAA